AAUCAUCGCCGUUCAACAACAAAACAGUUUCUUUUUUGGAUAAUUUUGAUGCCGUUUGUGUAGAAACAACUAAAAAUAAAUGAAAAUUGUCGGUAGACUGCAAUGUUGUCAAUAUAUUUUGACCGAACAAUUCAAUUUCUUGCAUUAACACUGAACAUUUGGACGAAUCAACAAUUUUUAACCUGGUAUAGCCGAACGUUCAUUUCAAAACAAACAAAUGGAAAGUUCCGCCAAUCUGGCAUCAUUCAAUGUACCCAAGCUCGGGGCACAAAAACUGAACAAAAACGACUACAGAUACCAAAAAGUAUACGACACAUUCAUCAAAUGGAAGGAAUCGAAUGGGAUCUCAUCGUUCGACGAGGACGUUCUGCUGACGUAUUUCGACGAGUUAGCGAAAACUUUAAAAUCUUCCUCAUUGUGGCACAUGUAUUCCUUGCUGAAGAGGACGCUUGGCAUCUACAAUAAGGUCGACAUGUCAACGUACAAGCGACUGCUCGGUUUCUUGAAGGAGAAAUCGAUUGGAUUCGACCGCAAGAGGGGCAAAGUUUUCAGUGCCGAAGAAAUUAGUCGAUUUUUAAUGGAAGCUCCGGAUGACGAUUAUUUGGCGAUGAAGACAAUGAUGAUAUUCGGCGUGACUGGUGGAUGCAGAGGCUUUGACUUAUUGGCAGUCAAAAUUGAUUAUUUGACGGAUUACGGGAAUGAAAUAAUCGUCAACAUUCCGGAUCCGAAGAAGAACACCGCCAAAUUAUUCGUAAUCACCGGCGACUAUGCGAAAUUCGUGCGCAAAUAUAUGCAGCUGCGACCGGCUGAAACGACGACAGACCGAUUCUUCCUGAAAUACAGUCAAGGAGAGUGUGAGAAUCAAGUGAUCGCCAGAAAGAGGAUAUUGAUUGUGCCGAAAGAAAUCGCGAAGUUCCUCAACUUAGACGACUACAAAUCGUACACCGGACACAGCUUUCAACCGCCCAAUGCCGGGAAGAAACGCCUUCGACCGCUGUCGAAUCUGUUUAAUGAGACGUCGUCAGAUGCGUCUGAGCGAAUGGCCGAUAACGGUACAAAGCUGGACAACGUAGUCAUUAAAUCUGAACGUGACGAACUACCGACUGUCUCUGGCGGCAUACUUUAUAGGAUAACGAAGCUAGAUGAACAUCAGAGCCAUAGACCAAUCAUACCGAUGUUACAGGGAACGGUUUCUUUGAUAAAACGGAAACCGCUUCUGUACACGGGAAUGCAGACGAGUCGUUUUGUGCGUCUGCAAAAAUUGGCCGACGAAUGGAACUUUCCCGAAUUGAAAUUGCUGCUGACACUGCGUAAGCUUCAUCUGGAUGAAGAGUUCGAAAUCCUCGGCGAUGCAUUCGAUCUGGACAAGUCAACAAGCGAACAAUACUAUCACGAGUCGAGACAUACGGUGCUGGGGCUUGUUGACAGACUGGACAACACAUUAACGUCAACGAGUGCUCCCGAUCCGGCAACAAAUUCCCAAUUCGAAGCACUAUUCGAGCCCGUCAUAAAAUUGGAAAAGUGCGACCGUCCGCUCAUCUCGGAUCCGAUCGCAGUCGACGACUCCAUUGCAGUUGAUGAGUUAUACGCACUUGACGAUUCCGCUGCCGAAACGAUUGCCGAUGACUGUGACGACAUUGGCUUUGGUUUACCAACAGUGCCAACGGAAGAGGAGACAGGGUGGCUGUCCGACGACAUACGAAAACGAACGGGCGAAUGCAGCGUGUGCCAUAAAUUCUACGUGCCACGUCUGCUCAAUUCGCACAUGGAAACUGUCCACUUCAAUCUUUCCAAUUUGAACCGCACCAUUUGCGGUCUGUGUUGGCAGGAAUUCGCUACGCAAACGCUCCUCAGAAAACACCAAAAAGAAGUGCACCGCGGUUGUAGCCACGGCUGUGAUAUUUGCGGUAAAAGAUUCGCAUCGAAGCAAUACCUCAGUGUGCACAUAUUGACCAGGCACACUCAGCUGAAGACAUAUCUGUGCGACACAUGCGGUGAAGGAUUUGCGGUUCCAGUUUUGCUGCAAUAUCACAUGAAACAGAAACACCCGAUUCAUGGUCAUGACUGUCAUUUGUGCAAAAUGAAAUUUGUUACGGCUGCCGCGUUGAACGAUCAUUGUGUGGCACGUCAUACGGAGGAGCGCCGGUUCAAGUGCGACUUUAAAGGCUGCGGAAAGACAUUUAAGUGGCGAACAUCGUUCAAAUCACACCGAAGAGUGCACGCUAGCGAUAAGUACGAAUGUUCGGUCUGUUUGAAGCGAUUCAGUUUCAAGGGGAAUUUGCGCAACCAUUUGAAGAUGAUUCAUAACAAAAUUGUGGCCAACGAGUGUCUUACCAGCAAAAUUAUUUAAAGACCGGAAAAGCAGCACCAUUCAUCCGUUCUCAGUGGAGCGCAAUGGUAAUUUUCUCCAGACUUCAUGUCUCAAAACCAACGCCACAUCAUCGAAAAUUAGUGGUAGUAGUGUGCUCCAAAGUGUCCAAUAAAUUUUAUUCGUGUCCUAAAUCCUUAAUCCUAAAUUAAUAUUAAGUCGACUUUAAAUGAAAACAAAUGAAUGGAAUGAAUGAAUCAAAGAAUAUUAAAUGUGGAUUGUAAUAAUCGGAAA